ACGUCUCAAAAAGAAGAAGCGCAUUGUUCCUAACCUAUAAAAUCAGCCUCGUGAUAUCAUAAAACGAGACAUGAACAAGUUUUUGUAAAAAUUUUUUUAAAAACAUUUUCAUAGACGAGGAAAUCAAAAAUUUUCAGUAUGACAGAAAAAAUUUCAGUAAAUAAUCGUUGUCAUGAAAUAUCAAAUGAUUUGAGCGACAGUGACAGUGGUGAUGAUUGGGAUGAAAUUGAAGAGGCACAAGUUAUCUCGUGUCUAUUUUGUACGCAGGAAUGCAAUGAUCGAUCGGUUGCCUUAAAACAUCUCGAAGUAUGUCACGAUUUUAGCCUGCCGAAUUUUAAGAUAAAACAUGCCCUCGAUAUGUAUUCUUACAUCAAGUUGAUAAAUUUUAUCAGAAAAAAAAAUGUCUCUUCCUAUGAUCUCAAUGCACUCAACAUUAAAAUUUGGGACAGUGACGAAUAUUUAACUCCAUUCAUUCCAGAUGAUGCUUGGCUAAUGUUUGACAUGGAAGAACUUGAAGAAAAAGUAACAAAACCCGCCGCAUAUCCAGUGAAUUCUGAGAAUGGCUGUGUAACACUUUCGGAAAUUCAUUUUGCUGAACUUCAAAGGACAAUUCAAUCUCUCAAAGCUCAAUUGGAACAAAGAGAAUUGGCUUGUCUCUCAGCAAAACAGCAAAUAGAUGAAAUGAAAGAACAUGCACAUCGUCUUGUUUUGGAUGACGAUCCACCGCCAUUAAAGGAGAGAUGCGUGAAAAGUGUUUCUUGCGAUAUUGACAAAGGAUAUUUUAAUACUUAUAGCCACUUUGCAAUUCAUCACGAAAUGUUAACGGACAAAGUGCGAACAGAAAGUUAUCGUGAUGCGUUAUUAAUGAAUUCGCACACUUUUCACAAUUGUUUAAUGUUGGAUGUUGGUUGUGGCACUGGAAUUCUUUCUAUGUUUGCCGCAAAAUCCGGUUGUCGAAAAGUCAUUAGCAUCGAUCAAUCGGAUAUUAUUUAUCAAGCGAUGGAUAUCGUUAGGGAAAACAAUCUCGACGAUGUUAUAACAUUGAAAAAAGGACGAUUGGAGGACAUUGAAUUGGGUGUCGACAAAGUCGAUGCAAUUGUCUCCGAAUGGAUGGGAUAUUUUUUACUCUUUGAAGGAAUGUUGGAUACUGUCGUUUAUGCAAGGGACCAUUAUCUUUCACCGGGAGGAAAACUUUUACCAAAUAGAUGUACACUCAGUAUUGUUGGAAGUGGAGAUACCAAACGUUAUGUGGAUCUUGUGGAUUAUUGGUCGAAUGUUUAUGGUUUUAAAAUGAGUUGUAUGAAAGCGGAAGUGAUUCGAGAGGCAAAUAUAGAGACUUGUAAUGCUCAGGAAAUAAUAACGAGUGUCGCACAACUACAGUCAUUUGAUCUUUAUAAAGUUGACACAAAUUGUGUCAAUUUUUCCUCAACAUUUGAAUUGUCAGUUAAAAAAACUGGUUCAUUAACUGCCAUUGUUGGAUAUUUUGAUGUCUUCUUCGAUUUGGAUAAUCCAAUAUCCUUUAGCACUGGACCACAAGCAACUCCCACUCAUUGGAAACAAACUGUCUUCUCCCUCAGCGAACCAAUUAGUAUAUCUGAAGGCGAGACUGUCAGUGGAAAACUAAUUUGCCGGAGACAUGUCAAGGAUAUUCGCGGAUUGAUAAUCACCAUUCAGCUAAAAAACACCAGUCAGGUUUAUCAUUUAGAUUAAAAAAAAAAAUUAUUGAAAACAUUUUUUCAUAUUCUUUUUACUUAUAAGGGCACUCGAAUUUUGAAAUUAAAACAAUUCUCAAAUUUUUGUUCUUUCUCCAAUAAUUUGCUGAUUUUUUUUUUUCAUAAUUAUGAAAACAAAAAUUCAUAAAUAAAUAAAUAAUUCACAAUGAAGAAAAUAAUUUUCAAUAAAGAAAAUUUCAAUUUUGAAAAAUACAAAAAAAAAAUUGAUAAAUACAAUUUACGAAUUAAUGAUUUAAAAAAAUAAAAGAAAACGAGGAAAAUUUGAAAUUGUUUAAAUUUCAAUCGAAUCGUUGAAAAAUAAGAAUAUGAAUUCUUGAAUAAGAAUUUUUGAAAGUUUAUAGAUAUUUGCUAGAAAAGUAGAAAUUUCCCCCAAGCUUAAUAUCACAUUAUGGAAUUGCGAUAAAUCUUAUUUAGAUAUUUUUCUGAGCGUUUCUUUUUAUCUCUCUCUCUCUCUCUCUUUGAAAGAAUAUUAACGCUUGAAACUCUCUUCCACUUUAUGUGCCUUUAGGAUAUAUAAUAUAAUGAUAAAAAAAAUAGCUUUGUAUAUAAACAAACGCAACAAAUUAAUCGUUGUACAAGCACAGGUUGUAAGCUUUACAAAAAAAAAAAAGCAAUUUACUCGCACUUAGAUAUUUUUUACGACCAACAUUUACGUCCGUUGGUCUUUAAAAUCGUAAAAAAAAAAAUUUUUCGAAACUUUUUCCGAGACGAUUAACAAUCACAAGUUAUUCUCGCACAAGUUAAUCUCGUCCUUAAAUAAUAGAUAUAUAAAUAAGUAAAUUAUAAAAAAAAAGAAAAAAAAAGUAAAAAAGAAACAAAAAAAAACAUCACAUUUUACAUAUUCAAUUUUGCGCAUAUAGAAACAUAGAAUUUAAAGGCGCUUUGACCAUUUUUUCUGCAUUUAAUCUUCCAGAGCUAAAUGUGAUCGAUUGCUGUCCUGAUUUCUUGCCAAAUAUAUACACUGAGAGAACAAAGUAGUUAAGGCAACUAAUAAAAUGGUUACGAAUACCAUUUUCGUUAGCAAACUAUACUGCUGCUAAUUCGAUAGUCAGGGUUACCAUUUAUAAUAGUAAAAAGUUAAAUAGUUGCCGUUACCGUUUCAUUAGUAAGUGGAACUUAAUUUAUUUAGUACCAAAUACUAAUAAAUAUUGUAUAGGAAUUUCAAUACUCCAUUUACAGGCAACACCUCUGGCUGAUAACUUACUCACCUAAAUAAUUUGUAUUUGAAUGCGCGUUAUUUGAUAAUUCACCAAAAGGUAUUGGUCUCUAACUCUCAUUUUCUGGAUCGAUUUUAAAUAUACAAACCUAAAAAAGUUCCCCCGAUGAAAUUUGUAUUUCUUAUAAAAAAAAAGUUCCAAAGUAUUUUUCAUUGUUUACUAGGUCUGAUGGCAGGCGCUGAGAGUGCUCUUGGAGCUCUUGUGCCUAAGUCUCAUGACAUAUUUAAUCUUGCUGUUGUUUGUGCACGAAUGGACUGAGCGUUGUCAGUUAUUAGUCCACGCAAACAUGUGGCGUUCUCAUUUAUAUCACGCUAUCUGUUGAGCUAACCCUACUGCCUCUGCACUCUUUAUGGAUGAUAUUGUCUCCUCUAAGUGUCUUUUUUAGCAUCUGAACCUCAUUUCCUCAUUUA